AUGACCUCGGGUGACGUCACUACAAUGCGUUGCGUCCUCUUCUAUCUGCUUUCCCUCUCCUUGCACAGGAAUCUCGCGUUCGUUCUCGAUAAACAGAACCCAUACUCCCAGUUUCGCAAAUGGAACGCCGGCCUGAAUGGCACUCUCGAACUUGAAUUCAAAACCGAUCAGCCAAACGGUCUCCUUUUGUACACGGAUGACGGUGGCACUUAUGACUUUUUCGAACUGAAAUUGGUGAACGGUGCACUUAGGUUGAGGUAUAAUCUCGGUGGAGGGGCUCAAAUAAUAACGGUGGGGAGCAACCUGAAUGAUGGGCAUUGGCAUCAAGUUCAGGUUGCACGCCGGGACGAACACACGUCUUUAACAGUGGACGGCAUAACACAAAGUAAAACUUCACGCGGCAAGGAGUUCGUAUUCGGCAAGUUCAACACUAACUCCGACGUUUUCGUGGGAGGGAUUCCACCAUCGUGA